AUGACGCGCUCGCCUGCACCCGCAUCGGCGGCACCACCAAUACGUCUCCGCCACCCGCUGCCACCACCCCCGCACCUCUCCACCCGUCCACGAUCGAAAGAGCCUCACUCGAGCUACGCUUCCACCUCGUCAUCGGCAUCGCCAGAGUUCUUCUCGACGUCCAACGCCACCUCGCCCUACUAUACCAGCUCGCACCCCAGCCCCGCUUCGACGAGUUCCGGUAGCAGUCUACGCACCCCACCCGAUCUGUUGGUGAAUGGGAGCAGUGUCGGGCAUAAGGUGGGCAAGGCGGUGCCCGCGGUGAACUCGUGGAAUGGCAGGGCGGUCAAGCCGCGCGAGGAGAGGAAGCUCAGUGCGGACGAGAUUAGGAGGAGGAAGAGGUUGUUGGGCGAUCUGCCCCAGCUCGAGCUGCUGCAACUGCCAAGUCCCCCACCCAGUCCUAAACCUGCCGCGGCAGCAACGAAACGACCCCGAGACGAUGAUAGGGCGGUGGCGAGACACGGGUCGCAUUCGCCAACGACAAUGACCCAGCUUGCGGCGGCGUACCGCUCGGCGGCGAGGGAGCUCAAACAUGCGGCGGAUGCGAGGGCGGCAAGUGCGUCCGCAUCGCGGCCGUCGUACGUCGCAGCGAGACCCACCGAGGUGUCGGCGCUGCAGCAGCUGGAUGCGGUGCUCCUCUUUUGCCAUGCGUUUUGGCUGGACGACCUUGCGUCGCCGAGGUGUGUGGCCAAGAACUGGAUCUCGCUGUUUGGGCUGCUAAGGUAUGCGACGAAUGCGCAUGCGGAUCUGGGCAACGACGUGCUCCUCGGCGUGUGCAGGCUCGUCGAAGCCGCAGUGCUAAGGAAACUGCACAGGCACGAUUCGGCAAUGCUGCUCAGGGAUAUCGCCACCGCCGACGUGGACGAAAUCAAGGCGGCGGUGGAAAGGCAGACUGCAGACCUCGAAAGGGCAGAUAGGCUAGCCUCCCAGGCGAGGAAUCUGCUUGCAGUGCCCAAUCUAGCUGCGUAUCCCGAGCUGUGCAAGACUGCACUGGCAAGUACCGUGCCCAAUACAGAAGUGGCCGCAAGGGGGUUGGAUGCCAGCACCCCGAAGUGCGCAUUCGCAUGGCCGCUGGAUUGCAUCACACCCAUGCCGUUCAUCGUGGCGUUUGGCAGAGCCGCCGUGGCGGAACACGCGCUCACCGCCAAUGUCCACUACGUCCCCGUCAAGGUUCCAACCACUUGA